UGAGAACAUUUAUGAGCUACAAUCGGCCCGAAAAUUGCACCCAGUUAGCACCAGUUAGUCUAUGUAAAUUCACAAAAUCUAUAAAGUAGGACCCAAUUUGCCACUGCCAUCUGCCUCGACCUUCGUUUUCAGUGGAGGUGCUGCAGCAUGCCUUGCAUAUUUAAUCCUGGCUACAUUGGACCCGAUCCACCCUGCUGUGACCCGGAUUGCUUGGAGGAGGGCCACUGCACGGUUCCGGAGUGCGGAGUUUGCCCGGAGUCCCAACUACCCCGAUGCAAUCCCGCCCCACAACCCAACAAGGACACGGCGAGGCAGCCACUGGAACAGAAGGCCGAAAAAAAACCGAAGCCGCAGGAGCAGCAAUAGUGGAGAAAAGGCUGUGCUGCAAAGAACUUCCCAAAACAGACCACAAGUCCUUUGGGAAUUGGCUAAUAUCUCCAACAUCUUGAUUUCAACCGAUUCCCCCAUUACCUUUUGGAAAGCAACGUUAAAAGUAAAAUGAACACCUUAACAUGAUAAAA